AUGAGGGACAAUGGUUCUACCGGCUGUGUAGUGAAAGAAGCCCUGGUUACCCCUGCUCAGUUCACAGGAGAACACGUGAGAGUCGUCAUGAUUAACGGCUCUAUGGCUACUUACCCGAUAGCUGUAGUCGACGUCGAGACGCCAUUCCUCACUGGCAGAAUCCAGGCCGCUGUGAUGAAACAGCCUAUCUAUGAAUUGAUAAUCGGUAACGUUGAAGGUGUGAGGGACGUUCGGAACACGGACGCCGCGACCCAAACCGAAGAUCAAGUAGGUGCCGCCCUGACGCGAGCCCAGGCACGAGAGACACGGCCCGUGGUCCCUCUCAAGCUCACAUCACCUGACGAGCUGCUCAAUAGCGCUAACGUCACUGCCGCACAAAAGACCGAUCCCUCCCUUGCAAACAUUCGGAAGCAAGCCGCUGAGGGGGUAUCGAGGGUAAAUAAAUACGGAACGACUCGCUUCUGCCAACACAGAGGAAAGUUGUAUAGAGAAGUCAUCUCCGACCUCGGUGAGACUCGGUCGCAAUUCGUGGUGCCUGCACAGUACCGCCACGCGGUGAUGGAGAUGGGACACAGCGCGGCCUUGGGUGGUCACAUGGGGCGACAGAAAACACAAGACCGCAUUAGUCACACAUUUUUUUGGCCUGGCGUGAUGGCCGAUAUCGCGAGAUUCGUGAGAUCCUGUGACGUGUGUCAAAAAACUGUAGACAAGGGCCGUGUGAAACCUGCGCCGCUAAGACCCAUGCCCCUUAUAUCCGAACCAUUUGAGAGGGUAGCCGUAGAUAUUGUUGGGCCGAUCACGCCACGCGCGACUGACGGAUCAAAAUAUCUACUCACGUGUGUGGACUUCAGCACCCGUUGGCCUGAAGCAGUACCUCUGAAAAAUAUAGAGGCCACCACAGUGGCUGAAGCGCUGGUAGGGAUAUUCUGCCGUGUGGGCAUUCCCAAGGAGGUGCUGAGUGACCGAGGCACUCAGUUUACGUCUGCCAUGAUGGACGAGACGUUUAGGAUUCUUUCUGUGAAGGGCCUUAACACGACACCCUGGCAUCCCAUGGGUAACGGUCUGUGUGAGAGGUUCAACGGCACACUGAAAAAAAUGCUCAAGCGGCUGGCCGCCGAGCAACCCAAGGAAUGGCCGAGAUUUGUGGCUCCUCUCCUGUUCGCAUACAGGGAAGCACCGCAGAGUACUCUGAAGUUCUCGCCUUUCGAGCUACUCUAUGGAAGAGCAGUGCGCGGUCCACUCCAAGUGCUGAGAGAGCUAUGGGACGAGGACGUGCCAAGUCCGGAGGUGCGUACGACAUACGAGUAUGUUAUAAACCUGGCUGGCAGACUUAGGGAAACCUGUCGUAUGGCCAAGGAAGAACUCCUGAAGGCCCAGGAGGUACAAAAGGCCCAUUAUGAUCGCAAUGCGCGACUACGCACACUGCAGCCUGGCCAGGAGUGCUUAGUACUCCUACCCACUGCUCAUAAUAAGUUGCUGGCGCAGUGGAAGGGGCCUUAUGAGGUCCUAGAGCGCGUCUCCGACUUAAAUUAUAUAGUAUUGAUUGAUGGGAAACGGAAACGUCUUCACAUUAACAUGCUUAAGGAGUAUCAUGCGCCUACCAUCUCUGGUAGCGCUGGCGCUCAGGAACCAGCAUAUGCUGAGGAUAGGGCCACAUGUUUGAAAGCCGUGCGUGAUAUUUUUUCCCUCUCAACAGCUGCGAAGGAGGAAGGUGAGAUCAAAUGUAGUGCAGCUGUGAUUCACGAUGCAGAGGACGUAGGAGAUGGUCCUCUCACUGUACAAAAGCGUCAGACGGAGACCGUAGAUGACGUCACAUUAUCUGAAAGGCUAACACCUGAGGAAGUAUCGAUAAUAAAGGAUCUUCUAGGUGAAUACGCGGAGGUCUUUUCUGACAAGCCUCGCGUGGCCCGGGUGUCGCCACACAAGAUCACCCUAACGAACCGAAAGCCAGUGAAGGUGAAACCCUAUCAGGUCCCUCUGCAGCUUAGGGACGCUGUGGCUGAGGAAAUACAAGAAAUGGAGGACUUAGGCAUUAUCGAGAGAUCCGAUUCUCCGUACUGUAGUCCUAUGGUCGUCGUACGCAAGAAAGGCGGUAGUGUUAGGAUCUGCGGUGACUUCCGAAGGAUUAACGCAGUAACACAAAUAGACGCAGAGCCCAUGUUCGACCAACAGGAGAUAUUUAGCCGGCUGUCACACUCGAGGGUGUUUAGUAAACUGGACCUCACGAAAGGAUUCUUUCAGAUUCCGCUUGACCCCGAGUCAAGGAAAAUAACGGCUUUUGCCACCCCCAGCGGCCUCUAUCAAUAUCGGGUCCUUCCUUUCGGCCUUGCCAAUUCUCCCGCGGUCUUCAACCGCCGAAUAAGACAGGUACUAGGUGACCUGAAUGGGGUCGAGGUUUUCGUAGAUGACGUACUGAUUCAUUCUACGGAUUUGGAGGACCACGUAAGACUGUUACGUAUGGUCCUUGAUAAACUCAGAGACGCCAACAUGACGGUUAAGCCGAGCAAGUGUGAGUUGGCCAAGGCAGAUGUCGAAUUCCUAGGCCACAAGGUGAGUCAAGGACAGUGCCUCUGCUUGGAGGACAAGGUUCAGAAAAUAAAGGAAGCUCCUGUUCCCCACACCAAAAGACAGGUCCGAUCGUUCCUAGGGUUAGCCGGGUAUUACCGCAGGUUUGUCCCCAACUUUGCCGCGGUGGCGCUGCCGCUCUAUGAGCUUGUUAAGAAAAGAGCACCAAAUAAGGUUGAGUGGGGUCCCCACGAGGACAGAUCAUUCAAGGCACUGAAGUCCUUGCUGUGCAAGGACCCUAUCCUCCAGUUGCCUGACCCUACAAAGCCCUUUGUGCUUAGGACCGAUGCUUCCUGUGAAGGUUUGGGUGCUGUGUUACUGCAGGAGAAGGACGGCGACAUCUUCCCCGUGGCCUAUCACAGCAGGAAGCUCAAACCGGCAGAGAAGAACUACAGCACGGUAGAACGUGAACUACUCGCCGUAGUAGAUGGGAUAAAGAAAUUCUACUUCUACUUAUACGGGGAUGAGUUUGUAUUGCAGACAGACCACAUGCCCCUGGAGUCACUGCGUACCUCUAAGAAUGCAAACUCCCGAAUAAUGAGAUGGGCUCUGUAUUUGCAACAAUUUCAGAUGCGAGUUCAGUACAUCCGUGGCCGAGACAAUGUCGGGGCCGACCACCAGGUGUCCCUACUUUGUGGGGUACCUGCACAUAAUCACCCCAGUUUCGCCCCUAGCAGCAGCAUCCUUAGGGAGGACGCCUUGGGUGCCUGGAGAGGAAGAAGGGGCUCUGAGGGCAAUCCUGACCUGAGGCCGUUCAGAACACGCUCGUGUCUCCCAGAGAGGGGUGACACCACGCUGCGUCUUCCCCAAGAUGAAUCCGAAGACACCGCUCCGUGUUCGUGUAGCGUCUGCGAGAGAACCAUCCGCCAUGCGGGCAGGUGGGCGGAGCCUGUAUCAAUGCGCGCGGGCCGAGGUGAGCGGGGCACGACCUUGCUCGGCCUCACUCCCAGCCAGGUCACCCAGCGCCCAGGACGUGCCCUCCUCGACUCCUCCCGAACCAGCCUGCAGAAAGGACAGCGUGGUGCAGCGGCUGUGCUCUCACAACGCAAAAGGACCGCGCAUUGGCCUCACUUCCGAAGGAAUAGGCAUCGGGAAGCACUGGAGAAGCUUGGAGAGGCCUGCUGCGCCAUCUACGCCACCGCCACCACCACCGCCACCUGCCACCCGACACCACAGUCACGUCCAGUCUUUAAAAACUCCGCAUACAGACACGGCUCCCACCAUCGUGCGGUUCAUCAUGUGUUCCAGCGCCAUCAUCCAGUCAGGACCUUUGGCGUGAGACCACUUCAAGACGAGGGAAUCAAGUGCACGGCUACGAGGUCAGACAAGAGGCAGCAGCAGCAGCAGCAGUAG